AUGCCGGAACCAAACCGAGAAAAAUGGAUUGAAAUUUCUGAACUUUUUUAUAAAAAACCCAAUUUUCCAAAUUGUCUCGGAUCCAUUGAUGGAAAACACAUAAGAUGCAGAAACCCAAACAAUUCUGGGUCUCUUUUUUAUAAUUAUAAAAAGUAUUUUUCCAUUGUACUUAUGGCAGUGGUAGAUGCGAAUUUAAAUUUCAUUUUUAUCGAUGUUGGAGCGUACGGGCGAGAAGCUGAUUCUAACGUUUUUCGACAAAGUGUAUUUGGGAAAAAGUUGUAUACAAACCAACUACAAAUUCCUGAUCCAGUAUCGUUGCCACUGACGGAAAAUAAUUUACAACCAUUUGUAUUUGUUGCCGAUGAGGCAUUUGGACUACACACCAACUUAUUACGAUCAUAUCCAGGACGUGGGCUGAAUAAUACUCGUAGAAUAUUUAAUUAUAGACUAUCGAGAGCAAGACGAACUGUCGAGUGUGCUUUUGGUGUAUUAGCUAAUAAGUGGAAUGUAUUACAUACAACUAUUCUAGUCGAACCAGAUUUUUGUGAUCACAUCAUAAAAGCAUGUUGUGUUUUGCAUAACUUUGUUAGAAAAAGAGACGGAAGUAAUUAUGAUGAAGAUAUUGCAGAUACGGCUUAUAUAAAUAACCUCGACAAUUUUCAAGGACAUGGCAGACAUAUAAAUCGAAAUGGAAUGGAAAUUAGAGACAAUUUUGCGAAUUAUUUUAUUAAUCAAGGGGCUGUUCCAUUUCAAUAUAGAACAACACUUUAG